AUGCCAAAAGUCCUCGUCACCGGUGCAAACGGCUACAUCGGCAACGCCGUCGCCAAAGCCUUCAACCGCGCCGGCUGGACAACAUACGGCCUCAUCCGCCGCGCCGCCGACGCCUCGGACCUAUCCCAAAACGAGAUAUAUCCCAUCAUCGGCACGCCUCAGGACAUAUCCCUGACCGAAAACCAGGAGCACUGCGUCUUCGACGUCGUUGUGUCCAAUACCGAGGAUUGGUCGGAUUAUGAUGGUCAUUUCCGUCAUGUCAAGGCUAUGUUGACGCAUAUUGGGAAGCGUACAUGGCAUAUUACUGGAGUAAGAACGCUGGUGUUGUUUAGCAGUGGGUGCAAAGAUUAUGGGAUAACGGGAAAGCAUGGUGAUGCAGAUUUGGCUCCGCAUAUGGAGUCGAGUCCGUUGAAUGUGUUCCCGUUUCUCCAGGCGAGGACAAAAAGUGCUGCUGCCCUGCUAGAAGAUGGCAACAACGGCAAUCUACCCUUUGAUGUUGUUGUGUUGCGACCGACGAAUGUCUAUGGUUAUGGCUCUAGCUUCUAUGGCUAUCUGUUCGCAUGGGCAGACAAAGCAAAGAAGGAUGGAAACAAGGUGUUGCGAGUUGCCGCUGACCCGAACACCAUCAUGCACUCUACUCAUGUUGAUGACUGUGCACUCGCGUAUCUGAGUCUGGCAGAGCAUCCCGUCAGAGACGAGAUCAAGGGCCAGGCUUUCAACAUCUCAAACGCAAGAUAUGAGACGCUGCGCGAGGUCUGUGAGGCUUUGGCCAAGUCAUAUGAAUUGUCGGUCGAGUAUGAAGAGCCCAGGGCAUUCAAGGAUAUCAAGCUAGGAAUGAUCGAAGCGAUUGUUCAAUAUUCACAAUGGGUGUCGUCCGACAAAAUUCGUCAGUUGACUGGGUGGAAAGAGCAGCGAGCUUUCUUCGCUGCCGGUAUUGCGCAGUAUCGAAUGUCCUUUGAAGCGGCGCUUGCUGCUAAGCAUCAGGGGACUGUGAAGGUAUACGAAAAUUUCCAGAAUCCGUCCAUUUCAGGCCGUGAGUGGAAAUCAUAG